GGGUGUGACCUGGAUGCAACAGUCACAGCUCUGCAGAUGUUCCUGUCAUUUUGCCCCUUGAGGUUCUGUCCUCACUCAGGAGGGACUGUGGAGCUCACACAGCUCUUGGCCUGAGCCCCUGUUACCGAGAACAAGAAGGCAAUUGCCAAGGACUCCAGGGGAGUGGACUCAACUCUGGUCGGGACUCAAGGCACCCAGCCCUCCCCGAGACAUUGUGUGAGCCGGGCUGGGCCUCCAGACAGCCCGCCACCCCACCCCACCCAGGGUGGUGCUUGUGUGGGAAAGACUUUAAAUCCUGCCACCAGACCCCUGGACGGGAGAGGCAGAGAGGGCUGGCCACCAUGCAUAGCUCCUGCAGCCUCCCAGUGCUGCUGCCGCUGCUGCUGCUACUGCUGGUGGCCACCACAGGUCCUGCCAGAGCCCUCAAGGAGGACGAGAAGCUUGCGAUGGUGGAGCUGCACAACCUCUACCGCUCCCAGGUGUCCCCACCUGCCUCCAACAUGCUGCGGAUGAGAUGGGAUGAAGAGCUGGCGGCCUUCGCCAAGGCCUACGCACAGAAGUGCGUGUGGGGCCACAACAAGGAGCGCGGGCGGCGCGGCGAGAACCUGUUCGCCAUCACCGACGAGGGCAUGGACGUGCCGCUGGCCAUGCAGGAGUGGUACCACGAGCACCAGCACUACAACCUCAGCGCCGCCACCUGCGACCCUGGCCAGAUGUGCGGCCACUACACGCAGGUGGUCUGGAGCAAGACAGAGAGGAUCGGCUGUGGUUCUCACUUCUGCGAGAAGCUUCAGGGAGUAGAAGAGACCAACAUCCAAUUACUGGUGUGCAACUACGAGCCCCCGGGGAACGUGAAGAGACAAAGGCCCUAUCAAGAGGGGCCUCCGUGCUCCCAGUGCCCGGAUGGCUACCACUGCGAGAACGCCCUCUGCGAACCCACGAGGGACUCGGAAGAGGCGCAGGAUUUGCCUCAGCUGGUAACCGAGGCCCCAUCCACCCUGACAACUGAAGCCUCAGAUUCUAGGAACACCGCUACUCCAUCCCUAGCAGCAGACGUUCCACACGUCUCCCUAACAGAGGUCUCAGACUCCCUGGCAACGAAGGCCCCGCCUACUGUAGAAACAAAGGCCCCAUCGUUCUUAGCAACGAAAGACACCUCCUCCAUGGCAACGGAGGAUCCGCCUUCCCUAACCACUGAAGCCCCCGUUUUGACAACUCACAGCCCGCUUUCCUUGGAUGAAAGACCAGUUGCCUUCCCCAAAUCCACCCAUAUUCCUGUCCCAAAGUCUGUGGACAAAGUAGCCAGCAAGACAAGCGCAGCCUCUAUGAGCCCAGAGAGAUCUCUGUACCCCAAGAUGUCCCUGACAGGGACAGAUUCCCUACCCCAUGCCCCCGAGGAGGCUGAGGCAGAGGCUGAAUUGCCUCCCAGUGAGGUCUUGGCCUCAGUUUUUCCAGCCCAGGACAAGCCAGGUGAGCCGCAGGCCACACUGGACCACAUGGGGCACACCUCCUUCAAGUCCCUGCCCAAUUUCCCCAAUGUCUCUGACUCGGCUAAAGCCAUGGGUGGGCGUACCCUGGCCCUGCAGUCAUCUCUGCCAGAUGCAGAGGGCCCUGAAAGGCCUGGCGGGGAAGUGAGGCUGAAUUCUGGUCACUCAUGGGGCCCUCUCCCAGGACUACUGCUGCUGCCUCCCCUGGUGACGGCUGGAAUCUUCUGAGGAGACACCACACAAAGGCAAGGCCUGGUAGGGGGACUUGGCCUCUUGCCCACUCUGAAAUGUCUUUCUCCAAGUAGGAGGCCACAGCUUCCUGGGCAGGUCUUGCUCUGUGGCCCAGCAACCCCUUCUUCCCCCUAGCACCCAGCCAGAUUCCAGGCCAGCACUCUUGUGCACUCAGGAGGCUUCUACAAAGCCACCCCCUGGCACUACCCUAGGAGUGCUUCUUCCUCUGGGAGGCCCAUGCCUUCUGGUGGCCACCUGUGCCCAGUCUCCAGUUGUCCUAUGGCCCCAGGCCUGCUCUCCCAGGCUUCCAGGAACCCCUGGGCCCCUUCCAGUCCCCUAGUAUCUUCCUCCAGCCAUCUGAAUCCAGGGCUGUCCCCAAAAGUGCCUCCUGCCUUCCCAGGAUGAAGUGAAGAGGUCAGCUGCCCAACUGCUGUGCCCCCUACCCUGUUGUCAGCCCUCAAACAAGAUGCUUCCUGGUUGAAGGCCCUCUGGAAGGGAAAGGCUGCAAGGCUUGCUACAAGGCUUGUGCCUCAUCCACAGCAUCUGCUGGCUGCCAGCCCAGGGGGCUGCCCAUCUGAUGAUUGCAUACCUUCGAUCCCUCCUCCCCCUACCAGUGGAGUCCUGUAGAGGACGGUUGCGGGAACAGGGGCAGGAGCUAUCUGCCAGCACAGCAUUCAGGGCUAGGGCUCUCCGAGUGCCUGCACAGCUGGGAAGGGGGACUGUGAUGGGUGGAUAAAGGACAAGCCCCACUCAAGUGGGGUUCUGUGGGUGGAGGGUGGGGACCAGGGUGGGGAGGCAGCCAUGACUCCCAAAUAAAGCCUAAGAGCUGAGUCACAGUGCUUGUGUGGUCAGAGUGCUUUCUGGGGGCCACCAGAAUCCCAGCUCUGCCACUAUCCCCAUCCCCCAUCCCAACACUCCAUCAGUUUUCUUCCUGUGAAGUCCCCCACCUUCCAUCCCAGCCACAGGGGGUUGUAGAGGCUGUGGAAAGAGCCAAGAAGAAGGGUGAGGACAGGGGCUGGCUCUCCCAGCCUUGUAAGUCACCAGAGUGGUGUAGAUGAGUUUGGGGCUCGGUAUCAAGGGAUGGCAUACAGCUGCUGCCUGUUGGGGCACCGGUCAGAAAUGUGCCUUAGGCAGAGCUGUACCCAUUUCUGGUGCUGGAGGAGUACUGAGGAGCCUCAGACACUUCCCCAGGGGCAGAACAGGACUGUCCAGCAGUGCCGUGGGCUAGGAAAAAACCCAAGUAGAAGGGAGCAGGCAGGUUGACAGGGUUGCCUGGGUGCUGGCCUCCCAAUUUGCUCUUUCAAGAUUGUUUUUACUACUCGGGUCUUUUACAUUUUCCAUAGGAAUUUUAAGAUCUGCCUGUCUAUCUGUCAAGAAGUAGCUGAGAUUUUGAUGCGGACUGUGUAAUCUUCCAUCUUACCAUGAAAGCAUCCAUGAGCAUGCGAUAUCCUCAGGAGUCCAGCACUUGCUGC